GCAUGAAUAUUCAAACACUUCUUUCUUAUUCUUUCUUAAACACAAAAGGCAAUAAUGGGUUUUCGGUUGCCUGGAAUCAGAAGAUCAACAUCAUUUGCUGCAAAAUCAGCUGCUUCAAAAUCUGGUGAAGUGCCAAAGGGAUAUCUUGGAGUGUAUGUUGGAGAGAAAAUGAAGAGAUUCGUAAUCCCUAUAUCAUACUUGAACCAACCUUCAUUUCAAGAGCUGUUAAAUCAAGCUGAAGAAGAAUUUAGAUAUGAUCAUCCAAUGGGCGCUCUCACUAUUCCUUGUGCAGAAGAUGUGUUCUUAUAUGUCACUUCUUCCUUUAAUGGGUUCUAACUUGCGAACAUAGGACUAACUUAGAUUAGUUAAUUAACACAUCAGUUUUGCCAAGGAAGCAAUUCAUGUCCUUUGGUUUUGUGAAGAGAUUUUUUUCUUGUUCUUUUUCCUUCUCUACUUGAGAAGUGGGAAAUUGUA